UGCCAGAUUUUAUUUUUCUCUUUUACUCUUCAUUAUUAUUUCUGAAAGGUUCUUGUCGGCCGGGGGACAAAACACGACGGUCCCAGUUAACGUUGGAGUUGUUCUUGACAUGGAUACAUGGAAUGGGAAGAUCAGGUGGAGUUGCAUAAAUAUGGCUCUGUCAGACUUCUAUGCCUCUCAUUCUUACUACAAGACAAGGCUGAGGCUUAUCACCAGGGACUCCAAAAGCGAUGUUGUUGGAGCGGCUGCUGCAGCUUUAUACCUGAUCAAAAAUGCAGAAGCACAAGCCAUCAUAGGGCCACAAAACUCGAUGCAGGCACACUUUGUCAUCAAUCUAGGGGAGAAAGCUCAAGUGCCCAUUAUAUCAUUCUCAGCAACAAGCCCUUCUCUUACUUCCCUACGGAGUCCAUACUUUUUUCAAUCCACUCAAAAUGAUUCAUCUCAAGUGAAAGCUGUAAGUGCAAUUAUUCAAGCUUUUGGGUGGAGAGAAGCUGUGCCAAUCUAUGUAGACAAUGAUUACGGAAAAGGUAUAAUGCCCUACUUGAUUGAUGCCUUGCAAAAGAUUGAUGCUAGGGUCCCCUAUCAAAGUGUCAUUCCUCCAUCAGCCACGGAUGACCAAAUUGGUCAAGAACUUUACAAGUUGAUGACAAUGCAAACAAGAGUAUUCAUUGUGCACAUGUCACACAACCUUAGUUCUCGGCUAUUUACCAAGGCGAAAGAGAUUGGAAUGAUAAGAAAAGGUUAUGUUUGGAUCAUUACCAAUGGGAUAGCCAAUUCAUUUAAUUCCAUAGAAGCUUCAGUACUAGACUCAAUGCAAGGGGUAUUGGGAAUAAAGACUUACGUUUCAAAAACAAAAGAGCUUCAAAAUUUUACAAUUCAAUGGAAAAUUAAAUUUCAACAAGACUAUCCAAACUUUAUCAAUGCUGAACUGGAUGUUGUCAGCCUAUGGGCUUAUGAUGCUGCUUCCGCACUAGCCAUGGCAGUUGAGAAAGUUGGGAUCACAAACCUUGGCUUUGUAAAGAAAAAUUCUUCAAGCAACCUAACUGAUCUUGAAACUAGGGUCUCUCAAAAUGGUCCCAAACUUUGCGAAGCAUUAUUGGGUGCAAGAUUUACAGGCCUUUCUGGAGAGUUCAAUCUUGUUAAUGGGCAACUACAAUCAUCAACUUUUGAGAUAAUUAAUGUGAAUGGUAAUGGAGAAAGGGGGAUUGCAUUUUGGACUCCAGAAAACGGACUCAUAAGGAAAUUGAAAUCGGCAAACACAAGCACAUAUUCCACUUCAAAGAAUAAUCUAGGACCUAUUAUAUGGCCAGGUGAUUCAAGCUCUAUCCCCAAAGGUUGGGAGAUUCCAACAAAUGAGAAGAAGCUACGAAUAGGAGUUCGAGUAAAUGGUUUUAGUGAAUUUGUUAAGGUGACUCUUGAUCCUAGCACUAACACAACACAGGUCACUGGGUACUGCAUAGACGUCUUCAAUGCUGUAAUGGAAACAUUGCCAUACACUGUUAGCUACGAGUUCAUUCCCUUUGCGAAUCCUGAUGGUGGAAGCGCCGGUACUUAUAAUGAUUUGGUCUAUCAAGUAUUUCUUGGGAACUUUGACGCUGUGGUAGGAGAUACAACGAUCAUAGCGAACAGGUCUAACUUUGUGGACUUCACAUUACCAUACACAGAAUCUGGGGUAUCAAUGGUUGUGCCAGUCAAAGACAGCAGGACAAAAAAUGCAUGGGUGUUCUUAAAGCCUUUAACUUGGGACCUUUGGAUGACAAGCAGUUGUUUAUUUGUCUUUAUAGGCUUAGUGGUAUGGGUUCUUGAACACCGAAUAAAUGACGAUUUUCGCGGGCCUCCUUCGCAUCAGAUUGGGACAAGCUUAUGGUACGCCUUCUCCACCAUAGUUUUUGCACAUCGGGAGACAGUGUUAAGCAAUUGUGCAAGGUUUGUGGUGAUUGUAUGGAUUUUUGUGGUGCUCAUACUCACUCAAAGCUAUACUGCAAGUUUGACGUCACUCUUAACAGUUCAACAGCUGCAACCAACUGUUACUGAUGUCAACCAGCUUAUUAAGAAUGGGGAUUAUGUCGGAUACCAAGAAGGUUCUUUUGUUUUAGGAAUCCUAAAAGAAAUGAACUUUGACACAAGUAAGCUUCAGCAAUAUAAUUCUACAGAUCAUUGUGAUGAACUUCUAUCCAGAGGAAGUGCAAAUGGUGGUAUAGCUGCUGUUUUUGAUGAAAUCCCAUACAUGAAGCUUUUUUUAGGACAAUAUUGCUCAAAGUAUGCCAUGGUUAAAUCAAUAUACAAAACUAAUGGCUUUGGCUUUGUAAGCUCUCUUGUUUCUUGUGUGUGUGUGUGUAUUCUUUAUUAUUUUUAUGACUUGCAGGUCUUCCCAAAAGGUUCCCCUCUUGUCGCUGAUGUUUCAAGGGCAAUCUUAAAUGUGACUGAAGGACAAAAAAUAAAAGAGAUCGAAAAUACAUGGCUAGGAAAAGAUUCCAAUUGUCCAGACUUCAACCCCCAGGUUUCUUCUGAUAGUCUCAGCCUCUCUAGCUUUUGGGGCCUAUUCCUCAUUGCCGGUGUUGCUUCCUUAUCAGCCCUUAUCGUGUCCGUGUGCAUGUUUCUUUACAAUGAGAGGCGGCAAAUCUUGAUGUGUUUUGGUAAUUCAGAAAGCUCAAUACAAAGAAAAUUUUGGCGUACAUUGAGAAUCUUUGACAAAAAAGACCUCAACUCGCAUACUUUUAGGAAAAAAGCAUUUGAAGAAAAAAGUGGCAUUGAUAUAGGCACAAGUGAACCCGCACCAAACACCAACUACCCAGCAAGUCCAUCAAGCCAUUCAACAUGCCAGGAAUCCCACUUUGGUUUCUUGGGAGAUCCAGGAACGCCUUGUAGAGAAUACGCUGAUCUCAAUCCAAACGAUCAAGUGUCUCAACCAGCGGCAAUUAUUUAGAUAAUUGUCGAACCAAAUCAAAAGGGACCUAGAAUUCCAAGAAUAAGU